UCGAUGUAACCUGCAGCCUCUUAUAAUGAUUAUACGUCAAGAACUAUCGGGCUAUGAUGAAUUCAGGACAGCCUCAAAUGCCGGGGUUUAAUAUCUCGCCUAAGUCCGUCCUCUUUGCCAAAUCGAUAGAAUAUAAAUAGUGACUUUACCCCGUGGAUUAUUGCUUAUGAUCGGUCAUCCCUCACUAUACCUUGUUAUACAACCCUAUAUGCACUUCUCUUACUCAAAACCAAUAUAAUGGCCACUAUCCAGGAGGUAAAAGCAGUAAACCUAGAUGCCCAGCCCCUGUUGCCCCCAGACGGCCCACGGGAGCAGCUUCUAUCGAGUAUACGAGGGUCUCAAGUGAUUAUCCCCGAUAUGCAAACAAUGAUCAGCCACUGGCCCCAAAGAAGCCAUCCAGAUGUUGAAAGGAUAGAUAAAUACGUCCAAGAGACAAUUGCAAAGUAACUACCUGGUAUGCUCCACUCUUAAAUCCUCUACCAACUCAUAUAUUGCAGUCUUUCGUCCUCGACAAAUAAUAAUGCCCGGCUCCGUAAAUUGAAAGAAACUCAUGUAGGCCCCUUCGCUGGUACGUGGUGGCCGUACGCAUCGUACGAGACGUUGGAAACUGUUGCGCGCUUGGUUAUCUGGGUGAGGGGUACAGAACCACCAUCACACUAAUUCUGACUAACUAAUAUUGCUGAAAGCUCUUUGCUUGGGACGAUGGUAUGUCGGUCAUCCAAAUCGCAGAUGUAUAAUUUGUCUCUUAUUAAAUGACUUAUCUAGAGACGGACUCGGCGGAGAUUUCGACAAUAAUCAAUGACUGGAGUGCAGCUUCUGCAUUCCGACAGAGAACUAUCGACUACGUACAGCAAAGUUUAUCUAGAAUUCCGAAAUCGAAGCAAACCGAAACAAAUCCCCUAAUCACCUGUACUGGCCCAAUUGCAGAAGCCCUAUUAAAGUCCUAUAACGACCGUACAUACAUUAUCCUAGGACCUACCACACUUUGCUACCAUAUCAUGAUCUCACCAAGGUCUAGGUCAGAUCAGCAC